CUUAAUUAGUAGCACUGCAAACAUUCAUUAGCAUUCAUCAUUAGUCAAUUGUUUAGCAUAGCAGCAUGGAAGAAAGAAGCUACCAUCCCCAGCUUCCAGUUCCAGCCCUUGUUCCUGAUGCAACCUUUCAAUCUGCUACUGAGGUAAUAAGAUCAAAAAGGAGCAUCCCCCCAGCGGACUACACUCUUAAAAUCGAUUCCUUUUCUUUACUGUCACAAAUAUUCUCAAAGCCAGAUGCACAGAGUUACCAAUCUGACAGCUUUGAGGCUGGUGGUUACGAGUGGAGAUUAUCUCUGUACCCCUCUGGGGACAGUAUCAGAAACGGGAAUGGUUACAUCUCUUUCUACAUAAUUCUGGCAGAUCCCAAUACCAUGCCUGCUGGUUUUGAAAUAAAUGUCAGCUUUAAAUUGUUCGUAUAUGAUCAUUUUCAAGACGAGUAUUUGACCAUUCAAGAUAUCAACGGAAGAGUGAGACGCUUUAACAAAGUCAAGAUCGAACAUGGUUUUACCAAAUUCAUUUCCCUCGGGACAUUCAAGGAACCAUCUAAUGGAUAUUUGCUGAACGACUCAUGUGUAUUUGGUGCUGAGAUUUUUGUCAUAAGAAAUACAAAUAAGGGAGAUCGACUGUUACUCGUACAAGAACCUGCUCAUCGUUUUCACACUUGGAAGAUUCACAACUUCUCCAAGCUCGACAAAAAAAUAUUUUCUCAUCAAUUUUCUGCCGGCGGAAGAAAAUGGCAGAUAGGGCUUUAUCCUAGAGGCAAUCAAUCCCUGGACGGAGAACAGAACUUAUCUCUGUACAUAUUCCUGACGGAUUGUUUCGUAUUUCCAAAAUAUUUCAUGUUGUCUCCUUCAUACAUCCUGACAUUGAUGGGAAGAUACGGUCUCAAAGUCCAUCCCAAGGAACGAAAAAUAUAUGCUGAAUGCAAAAUCCGUUUAUUGGAUCAGAAACGUGGUCAACAUAUGGAACGCGAAGUUUGUUACUGGUUCAGUACGUUUUCUAGUGUUUGUGGAUAUGGGAAUUUCGUGGACUUGAAGACUCUUGAAAACCAAGAAAGUGGCUUUUUAGUAGAUGAUUCUUUAAUUGUUCAAGUGACAUUUGAUGUUGUUUUAGCCGAUACUGAUUCUGUCUAGGAAUUCAUAUCGUUUUUAUCAAGUUCAGGAA